GAGGCGGAAGUCGGGGGGCGGGGUCAGCCACGCGCGCCCCGCCCCGGAAGUAGGCGGGCGCUCCGCAGCCACCUCCCAGUCUGAUUGCGGCUGAGGCCGGUCCUGGCUUUGUAACUCGCUCAAGAUGGCGACGCAGCCACCCAGCGGGAUCCGCCUCAGCGCGCUUUGCCCGAAGUUUUUACAUACAAAUUCUACAAGUCACACUUGGCCAUUUAGUGCAGUCGCUGAAUUAAUAGAUAAUGCUUAUGAUCCUGAUGUGAAUGCUAAACAGAUAUGGAUUGACAAAACAGUAAUAAAUGACUGUAUAUGCCUGACAUUCACUGAUAAUGGGAACGGUAUGACUUCAGACAAAUUACAUAAAAUGCUAAGCUUUGGCUUCAGUGAGAAAGUCACCAUGAAUGAUCAUGUCCCAGUUGGAUUGUAUGGAAAUGGCUUCAAGUCAGGAUCUAUGCGUUUGGGUAAAGAUGCAAUGGUUUUUACCAAAAAUGGAGAAAGCAUGAGCGUGGGUUUCUUGUCUCAGACGUACUUGGAAGUCAUAAAAGCAGAACAUGUUGUUGUCCCAAUCGUGGCAUUCAACAAACAACGACAGGUAUUAAAUUCAACAGAAUCAAAAGCAAGCCUUGCUGCAAUUCUGGAACAUUCUCUAUUUUCUAAGGAACAGCAGUUACUGGCAGAACUUGAUGCUAUCAUAGGCAAGAAGGGAACCAGGAUCAUCAUUUGGAAUCUCAGAAGCUACAAAAGUGCAACAGAGUUUGAUUUUGAUAAGGAUAAAUAUGACAUCAGAAUCCCAGAAGAUUUAGAUGAGACAGCAGGGAAGAAAGGGUACAAGAAGCAAGAAAGGAUGGACCAAAUUGCCCCUGAGAGUGACUAUUCCCUGAGGGCUUACUGCAGUAUAUUAUAUCUAAAGCCACGAAUGCAGAUCAUCUUGCGUGGACAGAAAGUAAAGACCCAGCUAGUUUCGAAGAGUCUUGCCUACAUUGAACGUGAUAUUUAUCGACCCAAGUUUUUAACUAAUAAAACUGUGAGAAUUACUUUUGGAUUCAAUUGCAGAAAUAAAGAUCAUUACGGAAUAAUGAUGUAUCACAGAAAUAGACUCAUCAAAGCUUAUGAAAAAGUUGGAUGUCAGUUAAAGGCAAACAACAUGGGUGUUGGAGUAGUGGGAAUUAUAGACUGCUAUUUCCUAAAACCAACUCAUAAUAAACAAGAUUUCGAUUAUACUAAUGAAUACAGGCUAACAAUAACAGCACUAGGAGAUAAGCUGAAUGAUUACUGGAAUGAAAUGAAAGUGAAAAAACAUGCAGAAUAUCCUCUAAACUUGCCAGUUGAAGAUAUUCAGAAACGUCCUGAUCAGACAUGGGUUCAAUGUGAUUCCUGUCUAAAGUGGCGAAAAUUACCAGAUGGGAUAGAUAAACUUCCAGAAAAAUGGUAUUGCUCCAAUAACCCUGACCCACAGUUCAGAAAUUGUGACGUUCCAGAAGAACCUGAAGAUGAAGAUGUGGUGCAUCCCACUUAUGAAAAAACCUACAAAAAGAAAGACAGGGAAAAGUUCAGGAUCAGACAACCGGAAACAGUCCCUCGGAUUCAUGCUGAACUCCUGUUUCCAAAAACCCCUGUGUCAAGUCAAACCUUUACUCCCAUUAAGGAAAGUGUUCCACGAGGACAUCUUUCAGAAGUAGCAAAUACUUACUCAACAAGGCUUAUAAACCAUCAUCGGGGUUCACCCCAGUCUGAACCUGAGAAUAACAGCCUGAAACGAAGACUCCCUACCCGCUCCUCAAUUUUGAAUGCAAAGAAUCGGAGAUUGAGUAAUCAAGUAUUUGAAAAUUCUCAUCAAGAUGAUGAUGAUGAUGAAGAUGUCAUCAUCUUAGAAGAAAACAGCACUCCCAAGCCUGCAGGAGAUGACGAUACUGAAGUGAAAUUGCAGCAGAGCCCCAUGGAGCAGAGUGGUGUGGCAGUGGAGCCUGUGGGUGACAGUGAGCCUUGUGGCCAGACUGGCUCCACAGGUACCUCGACAUCCCGGUGUGAUCAGGGAACUACCACAGCCACCCAGACUGAAGUGCCAAGUUUAGUCGUUAAAAAGGAAGAGACUAUUGAAGAUGCGAUAGAUGUAAGAAAUGACGUAGCCGCACUGCCAGCCUGUGUGGAAACUGAAGGAAAGACACAUGAAACUCAGGGAACCUUUGAUAAAUCUGCUAGUGACGCUAGUUGCCAGUUAAAUGAACUAAGAAAUGAGCUGCUUCUCGUCACCCAAGAAAAAGAAAAUUAUAAAAGACAGUGCCACAUGUUCACUGAACAAAUCAACGUGUUACAGCAGAGGAUACUGGAAAUGAAUAACAAAUACGUGAAGAAGGAAACUUGCCAUCAGUCUACUGAAACUGAUGCUGUAUUUUUACUGGAAAGUAUUAAUGGUAAACCUGAAAGUCCAGACCAUGUGGUAUCUCAGUAUCGUCAAGCCUUGGAAGAAAUCGAAAGGCUGAAAAAGCAGUGUAGUGCUUUGCAACAUGUAAAGGCUGAAUGCAGUCAGUGUUCCAGUAGUGAGAGUAAAAGUGAGGUGGACGAAAUGGUUGUGCAGCUUGAUGACGUAUUUAGACAGCUGGACAAAUGCAGUGUUGAGAGGGACCAGUAUAAAAGUGAGAUUGAAUUAUUGGAAGUGGAAAAAUCACAAAUCCGUUCGCAGUGUGAAGAACUGAAAGCUGAAAUUGAACAAUUAAAAUCUGCAAGUGGACAAGUAGGAGCUGAUGUAUCAACUUCAAGUAACAUCGAGGAGUCUGUAAAUUACACUGAUGGGGAAAGCCUCAAACUUCGAUCUCUUCGAGUUAACGUAGGACAGCUCCUGGCCAUGAUUGUACCUGAUCUCGAUCUUCAGCAAGUGAAUUACGAUGUUGAUGUAGUUGAUGAGAUCUUAGGACAAGUUGUGGAACAAAUGAGUGAAAUCAGUAGUACUUAAAGUGUAUUUGAGAUAAUGAAAAAUAUUUGCUCAGUCUUCUGCUUGUACAGCUUUCAAAAUGUAAACAAUUUUGUUAUAAGUAUGAUAGGUAACAGACUGAAGAACCAUAUUCUUUGCUGUAUUCUAUGCAUUCAAGUGUGGACACAAAUACUGUGUACACAUUAUCACACCUUUUGAAAUGCCUGUGAAUCAUUGAUAUUGAGCAGCUACACAGCUAACUCAUGAUUCUGCUUUGAAAUGUAAAUACUUAUAAUUAAGUCUGCACAUAUUUUUUUAUCACCCUAAAGGACUCAAGUGUUUUUCACCAAGAGGUUUUCAGGUUGCCUCUAAUCUUUGUGCAAUCUUUUCUGGUUCCCUAAAGUGUAUUUUUCUCUGACUUGGGGGCUGUGCCAUAAUACAAAUGGAAAUGUUACCUUUGAUUUUCUUACAGAGAAGUUUAAAACAGGGUUUUUUAAAAUGGAAUAACAUUCCUGAUAAGUUUGAAGUGAAUUGAGCAUUAAUGUUUCUUUUUUAUAAAUUCUUAUUUCCUGAAGUAUUUUAUUCAUGAAAAGAAAGUAAAGCAGAAACUCCAUUUUUGCCGGGAUGUUUUGUGUGUUGAGAUUGCCAAUCAUGAUCAAACGCAAAGUGUUUUUUACAGAAAAAAGUGACGAUUUUUAGUAUAAAAGUAUCAAAAAUAUUAAACGUCCCACCACAUUUACCUUGAAGCCCAUUUUUGGCUGCUUAGUUCGCAUGAAGUGGGCACAAUAAUUGUUUAAUAUUUCUUUUUGUGAAAUUUCCUGUACAGCCUUUUGUAGAAUUACUACAGGUUAAUAUGAGUUGAGGAAGACAAUCUUUCUCCAGCAGUACUGCAUACUUUUUAUUAUAUUGCAAACCUAAGUGUUUUGUAUCCUGGAGUUAAGCAGCAAACAACCUAGGAUUAUAGUAUUACAUGCCCUAAAAAUUAUGCUUUAUUGGCCCCAUGUUUUGUGCAAUUAUAAAGAGAUGGCUUUCUAUUAAGUAUAACUGUGUAUAUAAUUAAGAAUCGUAUUUUCCACAACUAAAAUGUGCAUUAUUUUUUUCAAAGUUUUAUCAUUGCUAUUUAUUUUUACUUUUGUUUCUGAACAUUGAAUACAUGUUCCUUUUAUAUGCUUAAUUACAUGUCUGUCAUGUACAAUGUUAAAUUUUUAUUGUACAUUAACUUCUAGAAAAAGCAAAUAAGUGAAAUUUUAUUUGCUUGAUAAGGUAAUUGAAACUGUAUUUUUGGUAUGAAGCUGGUUUUCUGUCACAAUUGUAUCUCCUCAGAAUUUAAAAAUCUUGUAAUAAAAUAAAAAUAUAUAUGAUGGCUAACA